AUGCCUUCGUCAGCCGACUAUCUACAUCCUUCGGAACCCGCGCCAGACGACUUCUCAGACUCGGACGAUGAUUUGGAUUUGGAGGAGCUUGACCCGGGCACAGCACAACCUCAUACAUCCCGCGAGUCUCGAGACUAUACUGGCCGCAAACGAAGUUAUGGACCAGGUAUUGCACUGCGGAACUUGCGUGUCGGGGUGGGAAGCCGGUGGAGACGCAGCGCGUCUGGGCAGGGAGAUUUUGAGGACGACACGGACGCCUUGCUAGAGAACCGGGAAGAGGAGGGCUUAAGGGGCUCACAUGCGAGCUCGAGGAAUCUAGCAGAAGAUGAUGCACCCCUUUUGGACCGGAGAAGCUCAACCCGUAUCUUCAAUGACGACGAACCCCCCAAGAAGGGCGGCUUCCUGGGCUUCUCCGGAUUUAAGACACCUGGCUUCCUUCAGGGAAAAUCCGUUAAGCUUGGAUCGAACACGAACGACUUGUCAAAUCAACCUCCCCGUGAAGUGCUUGUCGGGCAAUACCAAGCUGCCAAAUACCCCGCAAACGUCGUCUCCAACGCCAAAUAUACCCCCUGGAGUUUCCUACCACGAACCCUCUACAACGAAUUCUCCUUCUUCUUUAACAUAUAUUUCCUCCUAGUGGCCUUGUCUCAGGUUAUUCCAGUGCUACGAAUUGGUUAUAUGUCUUCUUAUAUUGCUCCUUUGGCCUUUGUGGUGUCAAUAUCACUGGGUAAAGAGGCACUUGAUGACAUUGGACGGCGUCGAAGAGAUGCCGAGGCUAAUGCCGAAGAAUAUUGCACCGUUUCGCUAGGGAGAUCCAACCCAAUGGAAGUCACAAAAAAGUCUCGUGACCUGAAAGUUGGCGAUGUACUUAAAGUUCGGAAGAACCAACGCUUGCCUGCCGAUGUGGUGAUUCUGAAGAGCGUCUCGAAUGACUCUGGUACUCCGCGCCAAUCUCUAUCAGCAGAACCCAUGCCCGAAGCGUCUACGGACUUGCUUGAAUCUGACCAGGGGCCAUCUGAGCCAGCCCCCAAUGCUGCGGACAACUCGUCUACUGGUGAUACUUUUAUCCGUACAGAUCAGUUGGAUGGUGAAACCGAUUGGAAGCUUCGUCUACCUUCCGUUCUGUCCCAAUCACUACCUUUGAGCGACUUCUCUCGUUUGCAAAUCACGGCUAGCGCUCCCGACAAGAGGGUUAACGAAUUCGUUGGUACCAUCGAGUUGGGCUCACCCACUGGCUUUUACGAUGCUCAUGUCGAUAAGUCAUCUGGCCCCCAACCAAACGACGGAAGGACGCCUGGCGAGGGUCAAUCCGUCCCUUCAGCGCCUUUGACUAUUGACAACACUGCUUGGGCUAAUACCGUUCUUGCUUCCAACACCACUACCUACGCUGUGAUUAUCUACACGGGAUCACAAACCCGCGCCGCCCUAUCAACUUCUGCUUCCCGUUCGAAGGUCGGUUUGUUAGAAUACGAGAUCAACAACCUCACCAAGAUCCUUUGCGUCCUCACACUCACACUUUCUAUCGUUCUUGUCGGCCUGGAAGGUUUCCAGCCUACAAACGACAAGAAAUGGUAUGUCGCUAUCAUGAUAUAUCUCAUCCUCUUCUCAACUAUCAUUCCCAUGAGCUUGCGAGUCAACUUGGAUAUGGCCAAGUCGGUUUACGGGCGAUUUAUCCAAAAGGACAAAGACAUCCCGGGUACAGUGGUCCGUACCAGCACAAUCCCCGAGGAUUUAGGGAGAAUUGAAUACCUCCUCUCUGAUAAAACGGGAACGUUGACGCAAAAUGAGAUGGAGCUGAAGAAAAUACACGUCGGCACUGUAUCAUACGCCAAUGAGGCCAUGGAUGAAGUGGCUUCAUUUGUUCGUCAAAGCUUUGCCGGCAAUGGCUUGACUACCCCGUCAACGCCGUAUGGAACUCAAACAGGCCAGGCCACGGCUCCGCGCACAAGGCGGGAGAUCGGCUCCCGCGUGCGGGAUAUCAUUCUAGCCCUUGCUCUCUGUCACAACGUCACACCAACCACCGAGGAGGAAGAUGGCCAGAAAGUAACAAGUUACCAAGCGUCGUCGCCGGAUGAAAUUGCCAUCGUCCGGUACACCGAAGAGGUUGGACUCAAAUUGUCCUAUCGAGACAGACAAAGUAUUGUCCUGGAAUCUACCGACUCCAAGCAAGUCGUCGUUCGCGUUCGCAUUCUGGACAUCUUCCCGUUCACUUCUGACAGCAAGCGGAUGGGUAUUAUCGUGCAAUUUCAGCAAGAUAACAGAGUGCUUGAGACACCCGGUCAAGACGACAGCGAGAUCUGGUUUUAUCAAAAGGGUGCAGACACUGUUAUGUCGGCUAUUGUGGCGACAAAUGACUGGCUGGAUGAAGAGACGGCAAACAUGGCUCGAGAAGGUCUGCGAACUCUGGUUGUAGGACGCAAGCGUCUUUCGUCGCAGCAGUACCAAGACUUCUCUGCCAAGUAUAGACAGGCAUCACUGUCUCUACAAGGACGAGAUGCGGGAAUGGCCGAAGUCGUGAGUGAAUAUCUUGAGCAAGACUUGGAGCUUUCCGGAGUGACGGGUGUGGAGGAUCGGCUUCAGCGCGAUGUCAAGUCCUCCCUUGAGCUUAUGCGCAAUGCAGGCAUCAAGAUUUGGAUGUUGACAGGUGACAAAGUUGAAACCGCUCGAUGUGUUGCUAUUUCAGCGAAGCUGGUUUCCCGAGGCCAAUACAUCCACACCGUGACCAAAGUUGCGGACAAAUCAACUGCCCAGGAAGUCCUUGAUUUUUUGCGCAACAAGACUGACUGCUGCCUAUUGAUCGAUGGCGAGUCUCUUACUCUCAUGCUUGGACAAUUCCGAACAGCGUUCAUUUCCGUUGCGGUGCUACUUCCUGCUGUGAUCGCAUGCCGAUGCUCUCCCACUCAAAAGGCCGAGAUUGCGGAGUUGAUCCGCCAACACACUAAGAAACGUGUCUGCUGCAUCGGCGAUGGUGGCAAUGAUGUCUCCAUGAUUCAAGCUGCCGACGUGGGCAUUGGUAUUGUGGGUAAAGAAGGCCGCCAGGCAUCUCUUGCCGCUGAUUUCAGUAUCACCCAGUUCCACCAUAUCACCAAGCUCCUCGUAUGGCAUGGCCGCAACUCAUACAAGCGGUCUGCGAAGCUAGCACAAUUCAUCAUGCAUCGUGGUUUGAUCAUCAGUGUCUGCCAGACCAUGUACAGCAUUGCGAGUCACUUUGAUCCCAAGGGUCUCUUCAUCAAUUGGCUCAUGGUCGGCUACGCAACCGUCUACACCAAUGCGCCGGUCUUCUCUCUCGCCUUCGAUCGCGAUGUGGACGAGCGUCUUGCCAAUCUUUACCCCGAAUUGUACAAAGAGUUGAAGACGGGCAAAAGCUUGAGCUACCGCUCGUUCUUUGGCUGGGUUAUGAUCUCAGUCUACCAGGGUGCAGUCAUCCAAGGACUUUCACAGAUCCUCUUGGACACUAUCACUGGCCCACAGCUUAUCAGUAUUUCCUUCACUGCCCUGGUACUCAAUGAGCUGGGCAUGGUUGCUAUCGCAGUCACAACCUGGCACCCGGUCAUGAUCUUCUGUCUGGUUGGCACAUUACUUGUAUACGCGGGUAGUGUCCCAUUCCUAGGCGAGUACUUUGACCUCAGCUACGUGAUCACUCUCGAUUGGUUAUGGCGUGUCGUUGCCGUACUAGCCGUCGCCUUGGUCCCAGUCUGGGCCGGUAAAAUGAUCAAGCAGUCAUGGCACCCGCCAAGUUACCGGAAGGUCCGUGGAUAA